GCCCGACGACUCUGGGGCUUGCUCUGUCGAAGCUGCGGUGCAUGGCGGCUGGAUGGUGCUGACAAUCGGGGACCGUGCGAGCUGUGUGGCCACAGUUUACCGAUGGCUCUGUCGGAAGAGGCUUUGCUCCAUGAGCGCAUGGAGCACCUUGUGUGGCUUCGUCGGCUCAUGCCCUUACAAGGCUACUUGCCAAUUUCCCUUGAGCUGGCGCAGGCGAAGCUGUGCUUCUCGAGCAACCUCCAUGACCGAUCACUCCAGGAGCUUGCCUCGAAAUCAGCUGCUUCGCACACCUCCGAAGCUGGUGCGGGCUGCUACACCCUGCUGGCGGCCUUGACAGAGCAGGGAAGGAUUCUGGGCUGUUUCACCGACUUCGCUUGGCGAUGUCACUGUUCUGGAGGCGGCUUCGGAGAUGUCUCCAGCCAAUGCUUCGUCUUCUCGCUUGCAGACGGCGCGGCGCGUGUCUACAGAGGAUGCUGCCGAGGCUCCGUCUUGCGCUUGACCGCAGAUCGGAUUCGAAUCGGUCACCAGGUGCGGCAGCGGACGACAGCCGUCGCACUGGAUUCCUCGCUGCUUUGGGUGUCCAGCGACAAGGGAGAACUCUUUCGAAACCCCUGCCUCCUGGACACGAGCGUGGGUUCCGCCACAACGGGCGUGGACGCCGUCGCAUGCCUCAGUUGGUCCCACCUCGAGCCGUCAGAGGGCGAGGAGCAGCUGCCCUUGGCGCUGCAGUCCAAUCAGGACACCUUUAUGCUCAACUUCAUUGGCACCUCAGUGCGGAGCCAGCUGGCCGCGAAAGCCGGCAGCGCCUGGUGUUGA